AUGCUAAUCGCCAUCAUCGCCAUCCUCUUCCUCUCCAAAUGUCUCUCCUCGGGCCUGAAAUGGCAUCUGGCCAGCCAGAACCUGGACCUCACCAUGCUCGUCGUGCAACAGCUACAGGAGAGAUAUCUGGCCGCGAGAUUCAUCUUCGCGUACUAUACCGCUGCGUUUGACAAGGUCGCACCGGCGCAACGGCCGUCGCAGUCGCUAGAGCAGGGAGCGGCCAUUAUAAGUCCCACGGCGGCUGCGGCCACCGCGGAGAGUACUACCUCAAUGGCAUAUGACCGGACGACGACGGCGACGACGGCGGCUACGGGGACGACGAGCACGCCAUACAACGCGCCGCCAGGGCAUGGACAUGAAGAUGGUCUGAACGCCUGGGGCGAGUGCUUCCAAAGCGGGAUCGGCAUGACCGCGGAUUUUGACAUCCUGUUCGGCGAGACCGGGAUUUUCAGGGGUCUUGACGACUUCGACAUCGACAUCGGGGGUUUUUGA